GCAGAGAUUUCUGUUAUUCUGUCAACAAGGAGCUCAGAUGGAGAGAUGACAGGAAAAGAUAAAGAUGAGCUCCCAGAAGAAUCAGCUCUAACAGCACAAAGCAAAAUAAAACCGACUGCAGAAACGCAAACCCCAGUAGAAAUGGUUGCAGCUGACAUCGCAGAGAUACUUGCUAACAUGGAUUCAAGCAGUGAAGAGCUCUGUGAGAAAUGUAACUUGCCCAAACCUGCCUUUAAUGCAGGCUUAAUUAUCCACAAGGUGAGACACCACUUCUCCAAAUGUGUGCCAUCCACCUCACACGCCAGGCUCAAAGCACGCAAACACAACUUUUCCAUGUUUGCAAAAAAACAAUUUGAAAAAAUGAAAACAGAGCUGAAAAAAAGAAUAAAGGCAAACAGGAAACAUUUUGUUUGUCUACAAAACAUUUGCAGCCACCCCAAGAAGGAAACAGCGCCCUCCAAUGAAAGUAUAGUUUUCAUUCUCCCGGGGUCAGUACCUGAAACGGCUGGUCCCCAGAGUACAGAGGCUCAUCGCUCCCCUUCUCGACAUACGGCAAGCCUGGGAACCGCAAUUAAACGUUCUUCUUCAGUCGACUUUAACGUCAUUAUAUCAGACGUUAAUCAGUUAUUUGACAAAUUAACAAAGAAAGAAGAACUCUUCCUCAUCGAUAAGACCUUGGGGGACUUUAAAAAUAGUGGGCAUAUCAGGAAUUUUACGGAGGACUUAGUGGCAAAAGUGUUUGAUCUACUUACGGUGGAUCGAGGCUAUCAAAUCCCCAUACCUCUAAUGGGUAGGUCCCACUCAGAUACGGUCAUCUCCAGGACGCCACAAUCAGUAGAGGGCUCAAAGCGUCGCAUUUCUGCUGAAGUCCUCUAUGUCCUCAUAGAUGACACAGUAGAAAGGUUUUUGCAGAAGCUUUUACUCUUCUGCAAUGAAGAGAAAGAUCAAAUUGUUCAAAUGGACAAGAUUUCUGGGGCCCUGGAAGACAUCCACAACUUUAUUAAAAGAACACAGACCACAACACAGGAAAAAAGCCCUGCUUCAGAUGGCAGAGGAAAAGAAUCUGGUGCAUCACUUCCAACACCAAAAUCUGGGAGCAUUUCUCCAGAUAAAUGCUCUGUGGCAUCUGAAAAACCACCUCAAAUGCCACAACCUGGGAGCAUUUCUCCAGAUAAAUCAUCUGGAGCCUUGAGCCUGAAACACUCUCUCAAAGAUUCCUCCAAAAUAUCAGAGAUGGGUUCUGUGUCAGCUUCAUCUUCUGAUGUUGAGAAAAUUUCCAAUGACCUUGCGUUGCUCCUUAUCACGAGAGUCAUCUAUAAAUCUAAACCUGAGACCCAAAAGUCUGCUGCUCGGAUCGCAACUACUACAAAAGAAAUACACACGGUCAUCAAUCGUCUGAGCAAUCUAAUGCAGCCUGAACUCAGCAGCACAGCGUCUGCCACAAGUCUGACAAAUGACAAGACAAAGUUCAUCAAGAAAAUAGCCAAACGCCUCAUCAAGGAGUUUGGCUCCCCAGACAAUGUCUUAAAGGCUUCGAUGGCAAAUGAUUCAUCUUUUGACGAGGCUCUGAUUAGACAUCUAAAAAUCAGCCUCGGAGUCAUCCCGGGUCCCCCAAAGACGUCCAAAAUAUCCAGGUUUUUUUCUGCGGUGGGAAAAACAUUGCUAAAACCCUUCAGGUGGUUCACUAAAGCCAGAGAUCAUUAAAAUGACCAUUUUGGCUUUUCCCACUGCCCUGCUUCUUUUAAAAUCUUGAAGCAGACUUUUAGCACCAAAUCCUUUUUUUAAAAACAUCACCAUAAAAUUUUGGGAUCAGCCCUCAAAUCCAAAUUUUAGAACUGUAGUUCACGCCAUCUCGUCUCCUUUUGAUUUCCAUCCCCCCAACCGGUCGCGGCGGAUGGCUGUCCCUUCUGAGCCCGGUUCCGUUGGAAGUUUCUUCCUGUUAAAGGGAGUUUUUCUUCCCCACAGUCGCCUCGUGCUUGCUCAGAGGGGGAUCAUUAGAUUGUUGGGGUUCUCUGUAGUACAGUAGGGCUUUGACCUUACAGUACAAACAGGGAGGAGACUUUGUGAUUUGGCUUGAUUUUUAAAAUAUCUAAUUCGGCAUGAAAUAAAAAAAAUCCAAAUUAAAAAUA